AUGGAAGUCAAGCCCGAAACUGUGGAAAUUGAUGAACUAGCCAAAAAAGACCCAAUGGAAAUCUUUGAGUUUUUGGCUCCCAAGCAUUUAGAGAAGAAUCAAGGCUUUGGUAAAGUUAUAGGAAAAGAACCCAAGCAAUUCCAAACUCCUUGCUAUCUCUGUUAUCCGGAUAAUUUAGAAAGGUUCUAUUGCCGUUUAUGCCGAACUAAUUUUGUUGAUUGGUUUGAUAUCCCGGAUGACCCAAUUGAACUUCAAUUAGAAAUGAGAGGCUACUAUCUUAUUUUUGCUGGAAAAGAACUAGAAAAAGAUUUAAAAAGGCAAGAUGAAAUAGAAAAGGAGAUAGCGGAAAUGAGAAAAAGGACCAAUGAAAGACGACAAUUUAUUAUCAAAAAAAAUGAUGGCGAAAAGGUUUGGUUUUUUCUCAAUCCAAAAAAUAUACAGCGUUCUUAUUAUCAACAUGGAGAAGAAAUAGCUAAGAUUGCCGAGCAAGUAUUACAAGCAAGGCACGAGGAACUAGAAAAAAAAUACGGAUUUGAUAUUGAAAAUUGUUGUGAGAUUAGAGAAACAAUGGGAUGUUCUAAAUGUUAUAAGUUUAUUUUGCUAAUGAACCAAAAGUAUAGAGAAACAUGGGACGAAGUGGAACAAAAAUAUCAGCAAAUCAAAAGAGACGAAAAUUUUUUACAAAUCAACUAUUCUUCUUAUGGUUCUAAUUUGAAGUAUGAUGGCUUUUUUAAACCAACUGAACACAAUCUUACUCAAAAAGAUAUUUUAGAAGACCAACAAAUAUACAAAAACUCCCCCCACUUUUACCAAGAAGCCCCAUUUUUAACCAUAGCCGAGGAUUUAUUGAGACUGAUAAAAGAAGAUAAAGUAGAAAAAUUAAUCUUUUUAAGUGCUUAUGAUAAAAGAAAAUUUCCUGAUGGGGAUGAUAGAAAAUAUUCAAUAUUUUAUAGCACUUUUGAGCCUACAAAUGCUGAAAUUGAAUUAAUCCCUUUUGAAAGUGAAACCCAAGAUGAUAAUCCGAAUAUUUGUAAAGAUGUAGCAAAAGUUACAGAAGAGUUAAUGGAUCAAAUAAUUUCAGACUCUGUUUUAGCAAAUGAAAGUAAAGAUUCAAUAAUAGCAAAAUUAGAAAAACAACACUUAAAGUUAAUCACUAUUGCCCCUUACUAUCCAGCCAUAGAACAUCACCCAGAAGUAGUAUUAGUUAAAAAUGAGGUGAAAACGGACAAGAGAUAUAUUUUGUGUGUCAAAUAUAAUGGUAAGAUUUACCGGAGUGGUAGGGAAAAAGAACACGUAAAUGCUGUCAAAAGUCUCGAUAGUAAAUUGUUGAAAGAGUCAGUAGCAGCAACUCUUAUUAUGCAAAUAAGAAUACAAAUUAACGAGGAUAAGUUAGCAGAAUUAGAAAAACAAAGAUUUUAG